AAUCAUUCAACGGAUAAGAUUAACCAUCAAAUUAAAGUUUUUAUUGCUAAUCAUGAACCGCACCAUACACAAUAAUUAUUAUAUCUUUUAAUUAAUGAAAACGGCUUUUGUUGGUCGUGGAAGAAACAAAACCUGACCCUGGCAAUAGCAAAAUACACGGCAACAAGGUUCACAUUGAGCAGACUCAAAAUCCUCUUCACAGAAAACCCAACCCCCAAGCCGUGUGAUGGAGGAGAAACGCCGGGACGCGGUAAAUUCACCGGCGGGGCCGAGUUUGGCGGAGCCGGAGCCGGCAUCAACGCGCCGACGAGCUGGAACACAGAAGAGGAAAGCUAAUUCUCUCUCUGGGUCCAGCUCAUCAUCAACCCCGUCGAAGCGGGUUACUCGAGAGAAGUCAAACUUUGUCUCCUACCCUCCGAUCAACCAUUACGGUCCUUUAACUAGGGCUCGCCAAGGGGCGCCUAGUGGAAACCUAGCCUUGGGUUUGGGUUCGGGAUCGGGUGGCCAGAAGCAUGAGGGGACGAGUUUGGUGAAAGAGAUUGUGAAGGCUGAAGAUUUGGAGGAAUUCAAUAAGGCAAGUGAAGAGUGGGAGGCUUUGGAAGCGAAGAUUGAGGCUGAGUUUGAGGCUGUUAGAUCUCGUGACAGUAAUGCGCACGUGGUUCCUAAUCAUUGCGGAUGGUUUUCAUGGAAAAAAGUUCACCAUCUGGAGGAGCGUGUGUUGCCUUCUUUCUUCAAUGGGAAAUCCCCAAUGCGUACCCCUGAUGUGUACAUGGAGAUACGCAAUUGGAUUAUGAAGAAAUUUCAUGCAAAUCCAAGUAUGCAGAUUGAGUUGAAAGAUCUGUCAGAUCUUGAAGUUGGUGAUAUGGAUGCAAGGCAGGAGGUAUUGGAGUUCCUGGACUACUGGGGUUUGAUUAACUUUAAUCCCUUCCUUCCAGUUGGUUCUGCUGUGCCCAAUGCCGAUGGUGAUGGGAUGGCCAAAAAGGAUUCUUUGCUUGAUAAACUGUUUCACUUUGAGGCAAUUGAAUCACGCCCACAAGUUGUUCCCAGGCCAAACCUUUCAACCUCAUCUCCACAAUCCAGGUUUCUUCCAGAGUCUGCAGUUGCUGAGGACUUGGUUAGGCCUGAGGGACCAUCUGUUGAGUACCACUGCAACUCUUGUUCAGCUGACUGCUCUCGGAAGCGCUACCAUUGCCAGAAGCAGGCAGAUUUUGACUUAUGUACUGAUUGCUUUAGCAAUGGGAAGUUUGGCUCCGGCAUGUCUUCUUCAGAUUUUAUUCUCAUGGAGCCUGCUGAGGGCUCCGGUCUUAGUGGCGGCAAGUGGACAGAUCAGGAAACCCUCCUUCUCCUUGAGGCACUAGAACUUUAUAAAGAAAACUGGAAUGAGAUUGCAGAGCAUGUUGCUACGAAAACCAAAGCUCAAUGCAUACUGCAUUUUGUUCAAAUGCCAAUUGAGGACGUAUUCUUUAAUUGUGAUGAUAAUAUAGAUGCUAAUUCCAAAGAAACUGCUGGACCUGUUGCAAUGAGUGAUGAAACAUCUGUCCCUAAAGAUGUCCCUGAAACAACAGAGAGUAAGACUACUUUUCAAGAAAAUCAGGCCCAGACUACACCAAUGGAAACUUCAAAACCUGAAGAUGAAAUAGAAUUGAGGGUUAAUGUGGAAACAUCGAAACCUGAAACUGGAACUAAUGUAAAAGGUGGUCCCAAAUCAUCAAAGCCAGAAGAAAUCAAUGAGUCCAAAGAUGGAGAAGACACAAAUGAAAAUUGUGCAAUUAUGGCUCUAAGGGAGGCAUUUGAAGCUGUUGGUUAUAAUUUAACUUCUGAAAGCAUCCUCUCGUUUGCUGAUGUGGGAAAUCCUGUUAUGGCAUUGGCAGGAUUCUUUGCACGUCUGGUUGGACCUAACAUUGCUGCUGUUUCAGCCCAGAGUUCACUGAAAUCAUUAUCUGGUAGUUCUCCCAGUGUUCACCUGGCUGCAAGGAACUGCUUUUUUUUGGAAGAUCCACCGGAUGACAAGAAGGAACCAAAUGGUUCUGAGAGUGUUGUCAAUGAUACGGGUAAUGGGGAUGCUCAGAAUGUGGAAAAGUCGGAAGACAAAACCCUCAAGGAGGAUAAGUCCACCCCAGUUUUGGAUCGAAAUAGUUCUUUGAGCAGCCAUUGUGACCAAAAUGCUGAAGUUUCUCUCCCUGUAGAAAGGGUGACAUCAGCUUCAGCCAAUGACCUAUCCACAGGUAAAAAAGAGCUCGGUACACUUGCAACUAAUGAGGAAGUGAAAAAGACUAAUUUGAAUGAAUCCAGCAUUAAUGAUCAAUCAAAGGAUCAUCAACCAAAUGUUAUGAGGGAAUCAAAUAACUCGGCAUCCCAUGUUCUGCCAAGUUCUGUGGAGGAGACAGGGGGGAGGGGAACCUCAGUGGAAGAGCCUUUUCAGCCUCCAGAGGCAGUGAAAGAAGUAGAUAUGUCUCAUUCUGCUCCAUUGGAAAGGAAUGAGCCUUGUGAUGCAGCUGCAUCAAAGCCAGUGGGAGAGCUAUCUGAAUCAGCAGUGGCAUUAGAAAAUGUGGAGGCAGUUUCCAGUUCUCCAUCCAGAACAAAGAAUGAACAACAACCAGUUAAAUCAAGUUCUGGUGGAGAGCCUACUCAGCCUACAGAGGCCUCAAAUGAUGUUGAAAUGGUGUCUGAUUCACAAUUAGUAGAAAGGAGCGAGCCUCAGCAACCAGUCACAUCAAAUUCAGUUAAUGAAAAUGGAGCAACGACAGGUUUCUCUCCUUUCUUCUAUGAAUGUCUUGUUUCAAAUGUGGAAGUUACAAGAACAGAAGCCAAUUACAAGAGUAAAGUAGCUAAUAACGAGAACCAUGCCUCUACUGAGACAAAGGGUGAUAGUAGCAUUGAUAAAGUAAAGUGUGCAGCGGUUACAGCACUCUCAGCAGCAGCAGUGAAGGCAAAACUUCUGGCAGACCAGGAAGAGGAUCAAAUCCUACAUCUUACCGCAUCAUUAAUAGAAAAGCAGUUACGUAAGAUGGAAGCCAAAUUAGCUUUCUUCAAUGAAAUGGAGGGUGUCAUGAUGAGGGUGAAGGAGCAAUUGGACAGGUCAAGGCAGAGGCUUUACCACGAGCGAACACAGAUAAUUGCUGCUCGACUGGGCUUGCCAGCUUCUUCCUCUAGAUCAAUGCCACCUUCAAAUACUGCAAAUAGAAUUGCAACAAACUUUGCAAAUUCAGUUGCAAGGCAUCCUAUGACCAUGACAGCCCCAAGGCCACCAAUGUCAAGACCUAUGGGGCCUAUGGCUCCUAUUCCUUCCAACCCAUUUGUAUCCUCAACAGUUGCUGGAAGUUCAAUUCGGCCUGCUAGCCAGGACAAUCUUUCUUCAGUUGGAACAAAGUAGUCUCUAUUCAGAUUACUUGUGAAUAGAAAAUUUCCCCCAUUAUUUAUACGAUGGUAAUCUAUCACGAGGUUUAGCAGGUAUCUCUUUUUGUAGUUGUGGUUUUGGGUGAGUUUAAGAACUAGAGGUUUUACACAGCUGAAUUCAUAGCAAAUUUAUUUUGAUGUUUUUCCUGUGAUAAUUCCAGCCACAACGUUGAUAAUCUCUGAGCAAUCUAGAAACCACUGCCUACAUUGAAUACGCAUCUGGAUUCUCAUCAUCGUAGGAGGAAGGAGCAGAUGGAAUUCUUUUCCUUUGGAUCGUAUUCUAGUCAAAAUGGUUGAGCCUUCUAACUAGGAAUUUUAUUCUGUGUUUGUAUUUUUUAAGGCUAGUUGGUAGUUGAUAAUUUUGGGUACACUAUGUUGAAUUUAGUUGGUACAAAUUAAACAUCCAUAACCAUUUACCGAAUUCUUGGGCCGAUGUAACAGAUGUAUUCUAUUUACGAGUGGAUAGAGAUGUUUUAAUGUUACAAAUGACAGUAAAUCUUUGGAUCGGAGUUCCCUUUC